AUGAUGAUGUCAUCGAUGGCCGAUGUAGAAUUUCGAUGUCCAAACGUAAAUUGUCAUCCAUUAGCCACAAUUUCUACGUCAAAGUUGUUUUACUGCCAGAUUGCUUGUUUAGCUCAAGAGAAAUGCCGUACUGCCAAUUUUCGUCAAUCAAAUAACACUUGUGAAUUAUUUGCUGAAAUGCCUGAUGAUAACAGUACCAUGCCAACAAACAUUGGAUCCAUCCUCAUGGCUAUUAUUGACGGAACACGUAUACCUUUUGGCUAUUACAUUCAAUCCCGAAUCGACGGUUAUGUACUUGAGAUUUAUAAUGGUAGCACUCAGGCAGGUGCUUCUAUUGUAGUAUCUCCUAUGAAAAAUAGAACCGGCGAAGAUCCGUCUAGUCAACUAUGGUUUUUCGAUCAAGAUGGAACUAUUCGAAAUGUGGCCAGUGGAAUGGUGAUCGAUAUAUAUGGCGGAAUUCAGGGAACUGACUUAGUUAUUUCGCCAAAGACUGGUGAAGCAAGCCAACAAUGGAAAUCAGAUGGCGAAUAUCUUGUUUGUCCUGGCGCAGUUAAAGUCAUCGAUCUUGCAAGAAGUAAUACUGCAGUUAAUGCACCUGUUAUUGCAUGGCCAAAAAAUUUCGGUUUGAACCAGCAGUGGAAUCUUCUUCCACAUCGUCGGUGA